CGCUAGAAAGCCCCGCCAGAAGGACGCCUCCAUGCAUAUCCCGGACCCACAUGCCUUGAACGAAAGGCGGUGACAUCGGCAGGCGUCGGGAGCAGCGUUUUGCCAUCUGCGAAAGGCAUCCAGAUCCAGAUUCCCGUUGAUAACUGCGCGCACGGUGCUGCUGUCGCAAUACGUAGCGAAAAGCCUGCUCUUCAUAUCGUACGACCGCCUGGUACUGUAGUCGAAACACAUCUCUCAUUUGUUGAGCCACCUAAAGCGCACCUACUCAUUGGCUUUACCAAUUCAUCCUACACGCCUCUGAAUUGAACCUUGAAGACGUUGAAAAUCACAAUACAAAACAACCGCAAUGUCUCUCCCAUAUGCACCCCGCUUCGCCUUCUACGACGGCAAGUCCCAAUCGGGCUCGUCUACCUCAUCCUUCCAGACCAUCGACCCCGCAACCGCGAAACCCGUUGCCGACAUCCACACCACCACACACUCUGCCAUAGACGCCGCAAUCGCCUCUGGCCAAAAAGCCUUUCCCGCCUGGUCAGCCACCCCGCCCAUUGAACGCGCCCGCAUCCUCCAGCGCGCCGCUGCAUUACUACGCGCCCGCAACGAUGAGCUCGCCCGCAUCGAGACCAGCGACACCGGCAAACCCUUCACAGAGACGUCAACCGUAGACGUAGUCACAGGCGCCGAUGUGCUCGAGUACUUCGCCAACCUCGUGGGAGGCGGUGGUCUGAACGGCGAGACGACACAAUUGCGCCCAGAUGCGUGGGUAUACACAACGAAGAAUGCGCUAGGCGUGUGCGCAGGCAUCGGCGCGUGGAACUAUCCCAUACAAAUUGCCCUCUGGAAGUCUGCGCCCUGUCUGGCAGCCGGAAACUGCAUGGUCUACAAGCCAUCCGAGUUCACACCACUGCAUGCGAGUGUCCUGGCCGAGGUCUAUGCACAAGCUGGAGUCCCACCCGGCGUCUUCAACGUAAUCCAAGGCGGAGGCGACGUCGGCGCAUACCUCACCAAGCAUCCUAACAUCGCCAAAGUCAGCUUCACUGGCCAAGUGACGACGGGCCAGAAGGUAGCAGGCAGUGCCGCAGGCGGAAUGAAGUACGUGACCAUGGAGCUGGGCGGGAAGUCAGCCUGCAUUGUCCUGCCCGACGCAGACAUCGAGCAGGCCGUCGACGGAGCCAUGAUGGCCAACUUCUUCUCCACAGGCCAAGUCUGCACAAACGGAACCCGCGUCUUCAUCCCAGAAGCCAUGAAGCCCGCCUUUGAGAAGCGCCUACUGGAGAAGAUCCAAUACAUCCGACCUGGCGACGUAUCAGACCCGAACACCAACUUUGGCCCCUUGGUCUCAAAACCGCAUUACGACAAGGUAAUUCAAUACAUCAAGCACGGCAUCACCACCGACAAGGCAAAACUCCUUCACGGCGGCCCAGAAACCCCCUCCUGGCUCGCCUCACACCCCAACAAAGCCUACCAAAACGGCUAUUGGGUUCAACCCACCGUCUUCACAAACUGCACCGACACCAUGAAAAUCGUGCAAGAAGAAAUCUUCGGCCCCGUCAUGGCCAUCCUUCCAUACAAAACCGUCGACGAAGUAGUCCAGCGCGCAAACAACACGAACCUCGGACUCGCAGCGGGCGUCUUUACAAACGAUCUCAACUCGGCACACAAGGUGAUUGCCCAGUUGGAGGCAGGCAUUACCUGGGUCAACACGUGGGGCGAGUCGCCGGCCGAGAUGAGCGUGGGUGGGUGGAAGCAGAGCGGUGUUGGUGUGGAGAAUGGCAGAAAGGGGCUUGAGGCUUGGGUGCGGAAUAAGAGUACCCUGGUGGAAAUGGGUGGGGCUGUGCCGACUGUUUUUGCCAAAUUGUAGUAUAUUGUACAGAGUGAUCAUGUAGAUAAGCCGAGGAUACCCAGGGUAUUGAAUUAUCCUCAA